AUGUUGAAAGCCAUUUUCCUAACUAUGCUGACUCUGGCGCUGGUCAAGUCACAGGACACUGAGGAAACCAUUACAUACACGCAAUGCACAGAUGGAUAUGAGUGGGAUCCUGUAAGACAGCAGUGCAAAGAUAUUGAUGAAUGUGACAUUGUCCCAGAUGCCUGCAAAGGUGGAAUGAAAUGUGUCAACCACUAUGGAGGAUACCUCUGCCUUCCUAAAACAGCCCAGAUUAUUGUCAAUAAUGAACAACCUCAGCAAGAAACACCAGCAGCCGAAAGUGUGGGUGCAUCUGCAAAUGCAGUCGCAACCUCGAGUGCAGGCGGGGGUGUAGCAGCCAGUGGCGUGGCAACCAGUGGAGUGGUGCCUGGGACUGGUUAUGUCGUCAGUGCUGCUGCAGUUGCAGGUCCAGAAGUGCAGGCCGGCCGAAAUAACUUUGUUAUCCGGCGGAACCCAGCUGACCCUCAGCGCAUUCCCGCCAACCCUUCUCACAGGAUCCAGUGUGCAACAGGCUAUGAGCAGAGUGAGCAUAACAUCUGCCAAGAUAUAGAUGAAUGCACUGCAGGAACACACAACUGUAGAACCGACCAAGUGUGCAUCAAUUUACGUGGCUCCUUCGCCUGUCAGUGUCCUCCAGGCUAUCAGAAGCGAGGAGAGCAGUGUGUAGAUAUAGAUGAAUGCGCUAUGCCUCCAUAUUGCCACCAAAGAUGUGUGAACACGCCAGGAUCAUUUUAUUGCCAGUGCAGUCCUGGGUUUCAGUUGGCAGCCAACAACUAUACCUGCGUGGAUAUAAAUGAAUGUGAUGCCAGCAAUCAAUGUGCUCAGCAAUGCUACAACAUUCUUGGUUCAUUCAUCUGUCAGUGUAAUCAAGGAUAUGAGCUAAGUAGUGACAGGCUCAACUGUGAAGACAUUGAUGAAUGCAGAACCUCAAGUUACCUGUGUCAGUAUCAGUGUGUCAAUGAACCUGGGAAAUUCUCGUGUAUGUGCCCUCAGGGAUACCAAGUGGUGAGAAGUAGAACAUGUCAGGAUAUAAAUGAGUGUGAGACCACAAACGAAUGUCGGGAAGAUGAAAUGUGUUGGAAUUAUCACGGCGGCUUCCGUUGUUACCCACGCAAUCCUUGUCAAGAUCCAUAUGUGCUCACAUCGGAGAACCGAUGUGUUUGCCCAGUAUCGAAUGCAGUAUGCCGAGAACUACCCCAGUCCAUAGUCUACAAAUAUAUGAGCAUCCGGUCUGACAGGUCUGUGCCAUCAGACAUCUUCCAGAUACAGGCCACAACUAUCUAUGCCAACACCAUCAAUACUUUUCAGAUUAAAUCUGGAAAUGAAAAUGGAGAGUUCUACCUAAGACAAACAAGUCCUGUAAGUGCAAUGCUUGUACUGGUGAAGUCGCUAUCAGGACCAAGAGAAUACAUCGUGGACCUGGAGAUGCUGACAGUCAGCAGUAUAGGAACCUACCGCACAAGCUCAGUGUUAAGAUUGACAAUAAUUGUAGGGCCAUUUUCAUUUUAA